AUGGCCGUCCCUACAAGGAGACAGGCUCGCGCAGCGUCAAGGGCCAGCAGGACCACAGCCUCCAGCAUGGCCCGCAGCAGGAACUCAACAGCAGCCUCAAGUCGUUACUAUACGUCAAGUCGCCAGUACGACCAGACUUCCAGCUAUGUAUCGGGGUCCUACUAUGACUCCCAUCACUUGUCAAGGGAUACAUGGGAGCGCGAUACUUGGGAGGAGCUGCCUCCAUCCAUGGUAGACACUGGCUCCAACUCUUCUUCGUCAGUCAAUACAUACGACUCUGCCUACUCAGACGGCAAGUCAUCAGAGUCUCACAACGACUCCGACAAUGACCACAAGGACGAAGAAGAUUCUGCUGCCUCGCCAGGCAUUCCUCCUUCCACCCUGCCGCCAUACACCUGCAUGCCCAAUCCUGAGAUCUCGGUCCGGUCAUCAGACCCAGAAACCUUUGCGCGUCUCUUCCCGUCAAUGGACCGCCUGUCCAUUCGACAUGACGACCGAACUGCCGAUGGUAACAUGAACCUCCGUGUCGACGCUAUUGUACCGGAUCUGUCAUCGCGCCGUCGCCGUGCCGUCGCCAUCCAGCUCUUCCACUUGCGCAUGCACGAUCUUGCCAAGCGAGAGUUUUCGCUGAGACGGUACUGCCGCGACUCUGGCCGCGAGGUAUGCAACUCCAAGGGCGCCAACCCCCGCCUUGAGCGCCCGACAGCAUCGUCCUCUUCCCUCUCGAAAUCCGUCACCAGUGCUUUGCGCUCGGUCAAGACCUCUUUCCGACGAUCUAGCGGCGCCUCCGCCGAAAAGGCCGCAGCCUUGGCUGCGUCUACUACUCCGGACCCUCGUCGCCCUUCCUUUGGCAGCAACAACACCUCUUGGGGCUGCGGUGGCUCCAUCUACUCCGAUGAAGCAGCAAGCUCUGAUUCAGACGAGCCCAAGCUCCCCUCGGCUCGGCCCAUCCCGCUCAACACCCUCAAGCUUGAGUUUAGCAACUACGCUCGCGUCGACAUCGUGCGUCGCCUAGGCAAGCAAUACGACUUCCAAUGGUGGGGACACACCUACGCCUGGCGCCGAGUGAUGGACAAGGCGCUUGGCAAGACUGCUUUCCACCUGAUUCGCGACAAGGAAAUCGAGCCGGUGGCCAUUAUUCUGCCUGAAGGCCGCAGCCCGACCCAGGUUGAGGCUGACCAGGUUGCAGGCAACUGGAUUCCCCAGUGCUACAUGUGGAUCAACGACAAGUCCAUCAUCGAGGCCUUGACUGACGUAGCUGAUGUCAUCAUCGCUACUGGUCUCAUGGCCCUUGUCGAUGACUCCAUCCUUAGCCGCUGGCCACCAGCGAAAAAGGCCGGCACUUACAGCCGCCCAGUCACACCAGCCCGGCCCCACACCGCACCAAGCGCUGCUACGACAGCCACUGCCGCUGUUGGUAACGCCACUACCGUUAACACUCACACCGUUUCAGUGUCUCAGCCACGGACGAAGACGCUUGUACACGGGUUGCUGAAUAAGGCCCAGACAUUCAGUCCCCUGCGACUCAGAGGACAUACUGUGCUCGCUUAUUAA